AUGGCCCCCCGUCUAGAGGGCAAGGUUGCCAUCGUCACCGGUGGUGGCUCCGGAUUUGGAGCCGCAAUUGCCAGACGCUAUGCGCAGGAGGGCGCAAAGGUGGUCGUUGGCGAUAUCAACGUUGCCGGCGGCGAGAAAAUAGCUUCGGAAUACCCAGAGAGCAUCAUAUUUAUGAAAAUGGACGUGACCAAGGAAGAGGACUGGAAGGCCGUGGUUGAGCAGGCCGCGAGCAGGUUUGGCCAGGUAGAUAUCCUGGUGAAUAAUGCGGGCACGACGUAUAGAAAUAAGCCGUCCGUGGAAGUCACAAUAGAUGAAUUCCAGCGCGUCUUCGACGUCAACGUAAAAUCCAUCUUCCACGCCUCCAAAUCCUUCAUCCCCAAGCUCCUCGAACAGGGCAAGGGCGGCUCCAUAAUCAACAUCUCCUCCACGGGCGCCUCCAGACCCAGGCCUGGCCUUGUCUGGUACAAUGCCUCCAAGGGCGCUGUUUCUAAUGUAACCAAAGGCCUCGCCGCCGAAUACGGCCCGCACCAGAUCCGCGUCAACAACGUCUGCCCCUUACUUUCGGGCACGGGCCUGUUCGAGAUGUUCGUUGGCGUGCCGGAUACGCCGGAGAACAGGGCGCAGUUCAUCUCCAACGUGCCGCUGGGCCGUCUGACGGAGCCGGACGACGUGGCGAAUAUGUGUUUGUAUCUGGGCAGUGAGGAGGGGGCGUUUAUUAAUGGGACGGAUAUGAUUGUGGAUGGGGGGAAGUGUAUUUAG